AGAAAAAAAAAUGCAACCUCCCAAAAUAAAGAGCAAAGAUUGCAUUAGGAGCGAACAGCGCUGCAGAAAUAGAUGGCAGCUUCGUGUCAGUGAGUUUGCAUCCCCCGUCCUGAUCCACGCGCCGGAGUGAUCAGAGCCCUGGAAGGGAAUUGUUACUCCCGUGAAGUCCCCUUUCCUGGCAGCCGUCUGCACUGUACACGCUGGAUGCCUCGCUCCAUCCACCCCGCUCACUCUCUCCUCUCUCACCUCCUCGCUCCCUCUCUCCUGCAUUGAUUUUUUUUUUCCUUUAUAGUUGACUGAAACAAAACAAAAACAAAAGGGCCACUGGAUGUCUGCCUUCUUGGGGGGUGAGCCAGACAGACUGACAAACAAACAGCCCCGACUGUGUCCGGGGGAGGGUGUCUCCUCGCGUUGUGCCCGGCGGCAGCAGCAUGGACGUGUUGGCUAGUUAUAGUAUAUUCCAGGAGCUACAACUUGUCCACGACACCGGCUACUUCUCAGCUUUGCCAUCCCUGGAGGAGACCUGGCAGCAGACAUGCCUUGAGUUGGAACGCUACCUGCAGACGGAGCCCAGGAGGAUCUCAGAGACCUUUGGUGAGGACUUGGACUGCUUCCUCCGUGCUUCUCCUCCGCCGUGCAUUGAGGAAAGCUUCCGGCGCUUAGACCCCCUGCUGCUCCCUGUGGAAGCGGCCAUCUGCGAGAAGAGCUCAGCAGUGGACAUUUUGCUCUCUCGGGACAAGUUGCUAUCUGAGACCUGCCUCAGCCUCCAGCCAACCAGCUCUUCUCUAGACAGCUACGCAGCCGUCAACCAGGCCCAGCUCAACGCAGUGACCUCAUUAACGCCCCCAUCCUCCCCUGAGCUCAGCCGCCAUCUGGUCAAAACCUCACAGACCCUCUCAGCCGUGGAUGGCACGGUGACGUUGAAACUGGUGGCCAAGAAGGCUGCGCUCAGCUCAGUCAAGGUGGGAGGGGUGGCGACAGCAGCAGCAGCCGUGGCGGCAGCUGGGGCAGUUAAGAGUGGACAGAGCGACAGUGAACAAGGAGGGGUAGGGGCUGAAGCAUGCCCCGAAAACAAGAAGAGGGUUCACCGCUGUCAGUUUAACGGGUGCCGGAAAGUUUAUACAAAAAGCUCCCACUUAAAGGCCCACCAGAGGACUCACACAGGUAGUGAGAAGCCUUACAAGUGCUCGUGGGAAGGAUGCGAGUGGCGUUUUGCACGAAGCGACGAGCUCACAAGGCACUACAGGAAACACACAGGUGCAAAGCCCUUUAAAUGCAACCACUGCGACAGGUGUUUUUCCAGGUCUGACCAUCUUGCCCUCCAUAUGAAGAGACAUAUCUAAAAACCCUAAAGGCCAGAGUUGCCAUGGCAUCGGCCAAUGUCUGAAGGAAUGCUGUGAGGCAGGGGGCUGGACUUCAGGAGGGGACCCAUUGCCUCUCAGAAGAAAGUUCUCACUUAUAAACCUCUGUGUACACACACACACACACACACACAUCCAUACACACUCACACAGACCCACACACAUACACACUGUCAAGCACUCAACUAUAUUGAAAUAUAUACGUCUAUUCUUUAUGCCUUGCCCUAGCCAGAUGGUAGAAGACAAAAAAGAAGGAAACCAGGUGAACUCAGCAAGGCAGACUGGCUGCUUACUUCAGCACUAUUGGAAUUAUUUCCCGCUGUUGCCAAUGGAAAUCAAAGAAAAUGGAUGUGACGUCUCUGCAGGUGGACGGCAGUACGAGGGGCUUAUUUAACUUGCUUCUCAGUGCAACUUGAUAGGAGAACACACCGUCUUAAAGUUGCAUAUGUGUAGCACUAAUGUUUCUUUUUAAAUAGUUGGGGGAAAAUGACCUAGAAAACCAAAUUGCAGUUUGGUAGCCAAAAUUAACUCUUGGUUUAUUUGUCCUUUGUGUGUGAAAAGUCCUACUAUUCCGUGCGUCAGACUUCCUCACAGAACUGUUGAUUGGUUUUGGUUCUUCUUAGUACCACUGAGAUCUUUCCAGUCGAUACCAACGGCCUUAGGGCGGCAGAUUCUGGAAUUACACCUUACACCUUUCUGGCCUGCAUUUCUCUAGACUGCACUCUCAAGGGAGGAGUUUUCUUUUCUUACUUUUUGACUUUUGCACACCAUAUGCACUAGGGAUUCUGGAAACUUCUAGCAUGACUGCAAAGUGGCCAAGAGAAUAAAGUCCUUGAUGAUAAAUCACAGUAUAUCCCUUGAGCCUCACCUUAUUGCCAGUGCUAGAUUUUUUCUUUUUAAUCUCUCUGUUUUUGCUAAUGAAAACUUGAAAAAGCUUAUUUGGAAGCUUAAAUGUUUUACCUUUUCUCCAUGGACUAAACCUCUCCAGAACUCUCUCUCGGCACGUGGAUGUCCAGCUCUCGAAGCAGCCAAUCAGAUGGGACAUCACAGUUCUCUCAUCCUCCUUGAGGCAUGGUGACCUCAGCUCACAGUGAGCGCCCACUGUGCUGUGUGUCACUGCUACCCUAUAACCAGUUACAGCAUAGAUGUCGCUAGUCUCAAAGGGCAGCUGCGUAUUUAAUCUAACUCUGGGUUAUGACCUGACACAAAGCCAAAAAUAUCACUCUUUCCAAGAAUGGGGAAAACUGAGGAUGCCUCCCAAAUCUAGUGGCUUCACAAAACAUCAUCCUAGCUUCCUCUCUCAUACCCACUGAGCUCAUAUUACCCCACUUGUCAAAACACACAGUUCAAAAUGCCAUUGUGGGAACGAAGGGUUGACCUUUAAGGAAAAGGUUGAGGAGUUUCUCUCAUGUUCUGUCUAAAAGGAGAGACGUGUUUCUAAUUUCUUUUUGGCUAGGCCCACCAUGACUUGUGACCUAGAACACCGGGGUCAUCAGAGGCCUCGCAUUCACUCUGCAAGCUGACUCCAUGGGGGUUCACAUUCCUCACUUGUCAUCCCCCACACACAUCAAGUGGUCUCUCUCUACCCGCAUUCUUAGCUAGCUGGCACUGGCCUCAACUCCAAAGACUGCCUUUAGGACCAUUAUAUGGCCUAUGCAAGCAAGCGGGGUGGUUAUUAGGACAGAUUGUAUAUUUUGUAUCUUCUGGGACCAUCCCUUCAAGACAAGUCUAAAAAUCAAAAAUGGCGUUUGGUCCGCUCGUGGCUGCUGCUCCUUCUCACCAGCUGGCUCCCUUCCUGCCCUCCUCUGACUGUUUGACUCAUUGACUGUUAAAAUGUCACCCCAUACAUAUUUGGGAUGCAAAACUGAAGUCUUUAAAAGGAAACCAUAAUAUAAGAAACACAAACACAUAUAUGACAACAACCUUCAAGAUCCUUGGCAUUUGCGUUUUCAGCUUUCUACAACCUUUGUUUUCACUGAAAUGUUGAAACAACUCAUCUGAGGGUAAUGGAACCUCCUUAUCACAAUGCUGUAGCUGCCAGUUGGACACUUGGGGCAUUUCGAGGUCUGGCCCUUAGAAUUUUCUUGCUCUUUUUCCUUUUUUUUUUCUUCAAUUUAGACCAAAAAAAAAUUAAAAAUUUUAAAAAAUUUAAAAAAAGAAAAAACAUCCUAAACACAUAUUCACACACAAAAAUCUGUCCAUUUGCCGGAGGCAAUUAUGUAUAUGUUAGUUGGAGGGUAUUAAAAAAUCAGUUUUAUUCCAAAGAUUAAAAAAAAUAGAAAUGACUUAGAAACAAGUUCUGGAGCACUGCUUGCUGACAAUCUUGUAGUUCUCUACUGCAUUUGAGUGCAUUUUGUGGCCAGUCCAUCAGGGCAUACCAUGGGAUUCUAUUUGAAUGUGUGGUGCAUCCUUUCUGGAUGAAGGAUGUGUGAGGAACCUUGAACCUCAGCUGUAUUAAACUGUAGCGCCUCCAGUCAGUGCACUAGAUGAAACUUUAGACACCCCGAAUUUUGUUGGUUCCUUUCUUUUCCUUUCCAUAGCAGCCUCCAGCAGGAAUGCACGCACACACCAGUGAUGGCAUUGAGCCAUGGCUGCCACGAUUUACAAAUGUUCUCUCCCAAGCUGGAGCUGCUCUUGCCUCUCAAAUGCUAUUAUUAUUAUUAUUAUUAUUAUUAAGGAUUUAUAAUACUUAAUUUAAUUUUUGAACUGACCAAUGCAAGGCUCUAUUAAAAAGAAAGUUUUUAAAAAAAAAAAAAAAAAGAAUGCAGAAGAGUAAUCAUUGCUUGUUUGCUCCCUUGUUGUCAUCUGUGGUCUCUGUUGGACGUGGCAGAACAAAGGCCCUCUGAUCCUCAUCAGUGUCUGAAAUGUUUGGUAAUUUUUCUCUCUUUUGUAUCAGUGAGGUCCUUUGUAAUCUGCUCCUGACUUUUCUCAGAGCAGGGUGCACUGAAACACGAUGAUGGUGCUUGCUUGCUUCAGCGUUAUCUGUUGACCGUGAGAAUUGGCCUCAGAACCUGGUGGGUGCUAAGUGUACGGCUUUGAAACUGUUCUCUAGCCCAGACUGACACCUGUUGUGGUAACCAGUCCUAACUGUGGGGGUAGGGGUAGCCCCGACUGUUUUGGAACUAGAUUUAUGAGAAAUGUUCAUCAUCUCUGAAAUGGCAGAGACCUCCAGAGUCAACAGCCUGAAGACAGCUCUCUCCCCCACAGGACUGGUUAUUUAAAACAGUGCUUUAGAGGACAUUUGAAACACAUUAAAUCCAUUUCUCAUUUAAAUUGUUACCUCCUAGCAUUCCAGGGGAUCCCAAACUUGCAAGGAAGAACCUGGCAUCGUGUUUCUGUGGUUGUCCUCUCAAGCACGCUUUUUCCAGGGUUCAGAGUGUGAUGUGUAGAAAAGUGUUUCUAAGCCGCUGACCAUUUUCUUUAUUUCAAAUUUUGCUUCUUUCUCCUACCACGUGGCUGUAAGUCAGAGAUGUGGAUGCCUGAAAUUAAGUUGCUGCUCCUAGCUACUGGCCUCCUGCCCCACUCAAGGGUGAUUGGCCCCAGCUUAAUGCCUGGUGGUGAUGAGUAUCACGUCUAGAAAAAGAGAAGUUCUGAUUCUAUGACAAAGCUGCAUUUUGUAAAAAUCUUGGAGACCCCUGAAUGAACUCCAUGCCAGCCAUGUCCUCCUCUCCACGCGCUUUCCCUUGCAAAACCCUUCAAAUGCCUCCUUUUCUCAAUGCCAUCGCCUCCCCACCUGCACCUCUUGUGCCCUUUUACAUCUUUGAUAGCCUGAUUAUAACAGGGUAAAAAAAGACAGCCAACCUCAUGCAUGUUAGCAGAACUGAUUCCUAGUUUUAAAAAAAUCUUCUUUGAAGCCAGAGGAGAUUUUUAAAGGACUUUAGUUUGGGAUAAACUUUGAGCUUAUCCACGUCUAUUUGCAUCAAAGGGUAAAUAAAUGGGGUUUUGGGGGUGGGCAUAUCCAGGGCACUCAGACUACUCUGCCUAAUGGUCUUCACUCCUGCAUGCUGUGGCAAAGCCAAAAGAAAGAAACUCAGAUUGCAAGAACAACCAAACCUGAUGAUUACUUUUGAUUAUUCCAAUGAUUUCCUCUAUGGAAGUCACUUCAUAACAUGUAAAAUAUAGUGGUAAGUGCAUGAAUUGUUUUUAGGAAAGGGAAGAAGAUAGGGUAAGUCAGAGAGAUGCCACAUAUUUUACUAGAAAAAUAAAAUUUGUUGCUUGUUUCUUUCUUAAAAAAAACAAACAAAAAACCACAAAAGGCCAGCAUUUCUGGCCGUAGCUUUGCACCCGGAACGUUGCCAAGCGAAAGUUCCCUAAGUAGAACCUGGUUUAAAUGACUCCUGGAAGCUUUCCCUUGCAUUUUCCGGAAGUGACCAUCUGCCAAGCACAGGAGUGAGGGCAGAAGGGACAGACUUGGAUUCUGGGUGCCGGGAUAAAACUCGGCAAACAUGGUGAUAGCUCGAUUUGAACACUAAGAGCCUGGCCUGAGUCGACAUCAAUGCCUCUUUGAUGGCCUAUUUUCCUCAAUGAGGAUCUUUGGAACGACAGAAAUGUGUCAGAAGAAGCAACACCUGCCUGUAAACCUGUGCUGUCCCAUGACUAACCGCCUGAGGCCUCAGGGCUUUCUCUGGCGUUUAACACUCUCCUAAAUUUCUGUUGGUUCCUAAAAGAUCCUGGAAAAGGGGGGAAAAAUCAAGCUGCAAUUAACUUCCUUAUGUGCAUCCUUCUGAUAUAGUACUGUAUUCUUCAGGUGUUUUGCAUUUGCGUAUACGUUCUCGGGAAACAGGUAUCAAAAAUGGAGAGAGAUCCUAGGCCGUCGCCCCACAAAUACCCCGAACAAGAUACUUUUUUCCAACAGGGCUCCCCUCAGUGAUCACGAGGGAAGGGUGAUGCGUUCUUUGUUGGGGACUGUUUAUACACUUUUUUUCAACUGUGAGCUUUGGAAUCGUAAAUUGCUUUGACUCCAGCUUCCGUCUACUGCCAUAAAAUGGACCCCACGUCAGACGAAUGAGGGUGGUGUGCGUGCACGCACCUAGACACGUGCGCAUCUGUACCUAUUGUACCUUCGCGGAAGGAAAACAGGCUACUGACGUUUUAAGAGGAGUAGCCACCAGUGCCUAAUAUCUUUUGGGGGGGAUGGAUGCUUAUAAUUGCCAGUCUAUGGAAACCACACUGGGAGUUCCACAUGGAGGGGAGGGACUGUGGGUGGGGAGAGGGAACAUGUGAAUCCUAGGCCUAUGGACUGGAGGCAGAGUGAUCUCUGCAAAUCUGGGUCCUGCAGGCUUUUGGGCUCAUUGGCUGGUUCUCAACCUUUUUGUUUUUUUCUCCCCAGCAUGCAUUUCCUAGCUAAACCCAGCCUUGGUUUAAUUUCCUUACCUUUCACUUCUGCUUCAUUCCAGGGAGGAAAAAUACACCUGUUAAUGGCCAAGAUCUCCUUGCUAACACAGAGGCAAAAAUAAAUGUUUAAUGUUUUGAAGCCUCCCCUUACCUUUCCUGCCACUCCCCCACCCCAGCCCCUUUCCACACUCCCCCUCCACUUCCUACUCUCACCAUACACUUUCCCGGCCACCACACAUUUUUGUUCACAUUUCUAUUAUCCUCUUAACAGUUGCUUGAAGAAAUUUAUUUUUGCACUAUACAUUUUCUUUUUGCCAGAUGUGUCUAACAAGUGUGUUUGGAGAGACCUGCUCCCAGCCCCCAUCCCUCACCCUGUCUCCCCGGUCACAUUCUCUCAGGCCUUCUCUGGUAUUUAUAAUAUAUCACAGAAGUACCCAGUCUUAUAGCCCUCGGUUAUGCCUUUUUUUGACAUUUUAUUUUUUUUAAGCUUUUUAUAUAUAUAUAUAAAUAUAUUACUUUGUCAAGUUUUUUUGCUGUACAAAAGUCUUAAGAUUUAAAACUAUUAUUUGUAUUAUAUGAUGGUGGUAUGUUAAUGUUACAAAAUUAUUAAUGAAGAAAAAAUUUAUUUUUGUUACUGGUCUGUUUCAUAAUUCUUUUUUAAAUUGGUAUAUUGUAAGAUAUCUAUGCAAAAAAUGUUAUGUGACGCAUUUUUAUUUAAGAAUGUAAUAUGUGUAAUAAACAGUAGAAUGUG